AAAUCUUUUUUGAAGUUUACAUGCUGGCUCAGGAAAUGAAAAAGAGCAGUUAAAAGAACUUCUUGCUCUCCUGAAAGAAGAUUUAACUCCAGCUGAAAAAAUACACGUAAGGAAGAGUAUUGAGCAAUACAGACUGGGCACCAAUAAAACUACACUGCAACAGGUGAAAGUGGUUGGAGCGACCUGCGCCGCCUGCCCGUUCCCUUGUCUGAAUGCUCUGAAGUUUCCCGUAGUGAUGCUGGACGAGUGCAGUCAGAUGACUGAGCCUGCUGCUCUCCUGCCAAUCGCAAGGUUUCAGUGUGAAAAGCUAGUCCUUGUGGGAGACCCUAAGCAAUUACCACCAACCAUUCAAGGUUCUGAGAGCAUUCAUGAACACGGAUUGGAGCAGACCCUCUUUGACCGGCUUUGCUUAAUGGGACAUCAGAGAGUACUUCUUCGGACACAGUACAGAUGUCACCCUGCUAUUAGCGCCAUAGCCAACAAGCUGUUCUACGAAGGAAAUCUGAUAGAUGGCGUUUCCGAGAGCGACAGGAGUCCUUUAUUGGAUUGGCUUCCAACACUCUGUUUUUAUAGUGUUAAUGGGGUAGAGCAAAUUGAAAGGGACAACAGCUUUUAUAACAUGGCAGAAGUUCAUUUUACAGUCAAGCUCAUCCACUCCCUGAUGGCGAGUGGAAUAGAAGGAUCUGCAGUUGGUGUGAUUACGCUGUAUAAAUCACAGAUGUGUAAGAUUCAAGAUUUGCUCAGUGGCGUCCGCUCCGAGGCUCUGGAAACUAAAGCCGUCCAGGUGUCCACCGUAGACGCCUUCCAAGGUGCCGAGAAGGAGAUCGUCAUUUUGUCGUGCGUAAGGUCGAGACACGUGGGCUUCAUAGACUCGGAGCAGAGAAUGAACGUUGCCCUGACGAGAGCCAAGAGGCAUUUGUUGAUUGUUGGAAACUUGGCCUGUUUAAUUGGCUUUUCCGUAGCAGACCCUGGCAGGAACCAGUCAGGAGUUCUGCCGUAUGGCAGUAGGCCCGACCGGACGGCGGCUGCAUGA